AUGGAUGAGACUGGCAUAAUGCUAAGUAUGCUAAACUCAGUUAAAGCCCUAGUCGGUAAGGACGACACACACGCUUAUAGAGGUGCGCGCGUUAAGCGUACCAUGGUAACUGCUAUUGAAUGUAUUUCUGCAGAUGGCAGGUGUCUCAAUCCCAUGAUAAUCUGGCCCGCUAAAACCCAUUGAGCCAACUGGACUAUGUAUCCUACCCCUGGUUGGGUCUAUGCAAUCUCAGAUACUGGAUUCACUGACUCCUACAUCAGCUUACAGUGACUAAAGCUUGUUUUCGAUCCCCAGACUAAGGAACAGGCUAAUAUGAAAUCACGGAUACUAAUCUGGGACGGUUUUGGAACGCAUGAUAUAUCACGGGUAUAUACUGUUCGGCUCCCAGUACCCAUAUCUAUUGGGUUACUGUACCUUUUUGGUCGGUGUAGCUCAGGUGGGACCGAGCCGAGCCCUCACACACCCCCCUUGUAUCUUAGCGGCGGGGGCCUCUUGGCGGGGGGAAAGGUCCAAGAUAAACCCCACCUUUGAGGAUAGUCAUUCUAGUGAGGUAGGAGUCGCCUCCUGUUCUACAUAAAUCUUGAGUUGAGCAUCGUGAAUUGGAAAAGACCAGGAGUGCGUAGCCAACAAGAGCAAGG